AUGUCGUCCUCGCUGUCGGCGCGCACCUACUGGUGCCAUCAGUGCGCGACCGUCGCCUCCAUAGGCGGCCCUCUCUUCGAGCCCGCCAUGGCCGGCCCGCGAUGCCCGGCGUGCGGAGGCGGCUUCGUCGAGGAGCUCCCCGCGGCCGCGCUCGCCGGGCCCGCCGCGCUGCACCCGUCGCCCGCGCGUGCGAACCUCUCGCUCGCCGACGCCUGGGCGGACAUGCGCAGCGUGCUCGCUCACCGCUCCCAACGCCUGCGCGCCGACCCGGAGUCAUCGCGGUCGUCGUCGCCCGACAUCGGCGGAAGUGCCGCCAUUGCGCGCGAGGCCGCGUCGCCCCCCACCUCCCCAUCCCCAUCCGACGGCGGCGAGGCUUCCACCGAGCCCUCGGGCGGCGUGUUCGGCGACUACGGCGACGGCGAGGACGGCUUGGCGCGCUUUCUGCGCGACAUGAGGGAGGAGUCGUCGUUCCUGGAGGUCGCCACCGCGCAGCUGCGCGCCAGAAGCGCGCCGAUGAACGACACUGCCCGGAGGCAGGUGCGCGUAGGGGACGGAGGGAGUGGCGAGAGGAGGUAUACGGCAGCGGCAGGCGGUGGUGGAGGUGGCGAGUUGUCGGGGCGGGUGGGCGACUACUUCCUUGGAGAUGACUUCAGCGCGCUCGUCGACCGCAUCGCCACCGCACACCCUGCGGCCCACACCAGCACGCACACGCCAGCAUCACGGGCGGCAGUGCGGGCGCUGCCACUGCGCAUAGUGCGCGAGGAGGACGUGGAGGGGGGCGUGGAGGCGUGCGCGGUGUGCCACGAGGACAUGGGCGUGGGCGCCGUCACGCAGCAGCUGCCGUGCCGCCACGCCUACCACAGCGACUGCAUCCUGCCCUGGCUCGCGCAGUCCAACUCCUGCCCCGUCUGCCGCUUCCGCCUCCCCUCCCAGGCUGAAGCCGAUGCUGCCGACGCGUGUCCCUGGAACCCUGGCGCGCUGCUGGGCGGCCAGAGGCGCCAGAGGGGGAACGGUGGUAGGGGCUGGUGGGACGAGGAGGAGGUGGAGGACGGUGUGGCGUGGUGGAGGGGUGUGGAUGGCAAUAGUGGCGGACGCAGGGAGGGGAGUGGGGGUGGCAUGGGAUGCAGCAGGCGGGGCAGGCGGGCCAGGCAGCUGGGGGGAGAGAGGCUGGGGGGGACAGCGAGGCAGCAGGGGGGGGAAGGAGGCAGGCAGGGGAGCAGUGCAAGAGAGGGGAUGAGCAGUGCAAGAGAGGGGAUGAGCAGUGCAAGAGAGGGGAUGAGGAGUGAUGCUGUGCCGGGGCGUCGGGAAGGCACGGGAGGAGGAGAGGGAGGGGGCGAGGCAGGGCCGUUGGUGGGAGGGGCUGGGGCGAGCGAGAGGCCUCCUGCUGCAGAGUCUGAUGGGCUGGCAGUGUGGCGCCGUGACCUGAUUGGUGCGGCGAGAGGCACUGUGUUUGCAGACAGGGGGAGAGGGAGAGGAGGUGGGGAGGUGGGGCAGUGGCGGUGA